AUGGUGGCAAACGCGCCCGAGCUGCUAGCGUGGACCGAAGUCUCGGCAGUGGUUUUUGUGAUUGAUUCUCAGGACGACUACUACGAAGCCUUGUCCAAGUUGCAGACCAUCAUCCUCUCCGCAUUCGCCGAGAACCAAACCAUCGAAUUCCACGUGUUUGUCCACAAGAUCGACGGCUACUCGAACGACUACAGACAAGACACUCUCUCGACCAUCCAAGGCAAAGUGCUCGACGAUCUGGUUGACAGCAGUCCCAGCUUUAUCGCUCAAGCAUGGUCGUACCCAGAACCUCUACCUGCAGCCAAAGAGGUCAAAUCGUCCUCCAAAAAAGACCGCAGUAGAAGCAAGAGCAAAGAUCUCAGCUUCUCGCGGUCGCCAGCUGCAGCAGGUGGAGGCAAUUCGAGUUCGGGAGGAGGCGGAUACGACGCCAGCGCUUCAGAAUUUUCCAGCUUCUCGGGUGGUGGAUACCGAUCCGAUGUGGCUCCUGAACCCGGACUCAUCAAUCUGGACCAAGCGGUGAGACUGCAUUGUCAUGCUACUUCAAUCUACGAUACAAGCGUCUUUGUGGCCAUCAGCAAGUUGCAGCAAAGUCUGGCUCAUAAGGUGAAACCAGAAGAACCCAUCGAAGUGGAAUCAAACAUAUCAGAUGGUGUCGGCGCUGGUCUAGCGGCGUCAACUGCGGAUGGAGAGGGUAACGGCAAACCGACUCGACCGGCAGCUGCGACGCUUCGACGCAACCUCAGCCUCGCCGAGUCGAUGGAGCAGGUAUGCGACUCGAUCUGCUCCACGUGUCGGUUCGAGAAUGCCUUUCUGUUUGACCUGCCGACACGCACCUACAUUGGGUCCGACUCGGCACCCUUUGACGCUUCCUCUUUUGACCUUGUGUUCGACUAUGCUGGCUUUCUGGCCAAGUUUGCCGGGCUCUACGCUGGUGUUCAAUCGGAAUCGUCCAACGCCGUGGCAAGCUCGCAGCAGCAGCCCUCGUCGGCAGCAUCUGGCUCGAGUUCGGCUUUUCAACUCUCCACAUCUCCCUCGUCGGCACGUCGAUUCUUGCUCGGGAGGAUCUCGAAGGACACGUCGAAAGCUGCGACCGAUGCUAGCGCGGGUGCUUCCGCCAAGUCGGCCAACGCUCCGGCAGUGCAGCGAUGGGCGAGCUCGGUGACAAGGCUGCAGCCCGACAAGUCGUUGUGCUUCUGGCAGAUCAACCACCGACUCGCACUGAUUGCCCUGAUGCAUUCCGACGUGCAUGCGAAGCAGACGGGGCUGAUUGAUUACAACAUCACUUUUUUCCGAAGGGCUGUGCAGGGCUUGUAUGGGUUGGCCCAGACUAGCACGUAG